AUGAUUCCACAAAACUAUACGUGGAUGAUAGACAUGAUAAAGAAAAAAUAUGACAACCCGAGCAGCGCACGCGCUAAUGUCAUAAACCGCCUGGUUUCUCUUCGACCAGCAAAACAAGGUCCAGCGUCGUGCGGAGAGGUUAUUGAUGAAAUCCGGUGCUUGAUAAAUGAGAUGAUAUCUUCCGGCUACAGAAUCUCUGAUACUCAAGAUCCAAUGUGGAUUGAAACGAUACUGAAAAAGUUCCCUCGGCGUGUAGUGGAGGAACUCCUCAGAGAAUCCAACAACGGGGAAUCAAGUACUGUUGGAGAGAUUCUGAAUAAGCUAGAUGCAAUUAUCAGCAAAGUGCUCAUGGGAGAAAAGAAGGCGAACGAUACGGUCGCUAUUUCUGCAAUUUCUGCGAAAGAACAAAUCACCGAUCCCAUCAAUGUCGAGACAUAA